AUGCAUCUGCUUUUUUUGAAAUAUGAUCGGAGUGAAAUACAAGAGUUAGUAACUACUGCACUAGUUAGCUGGUUGUCUACCAGAGAGGAUGGUCACUCUCGAGUAGACAUGCCAUGUGGAAUUAUGAGUCAAAUGAAUAACACAGGCUUCUCCACUGCAAUCCUGACUCCUGUGGACCCUACUGCCCUCUUAGACUAUAGAGAAGUCCAUCAGAUAAUAAGAGAGUUGGCUAUUGGAAUUUAUUGCUUAAAUCAAAUCCCUUCCAUCAGUUUAGAAGCUAAUUAUAAUCAGAGUUCUUCUUGUGGGUUACCUCCAGCUUAUUAUGAUACCAGAAUUGGGCAAAUUCUGAUCAACGUUGACUAUAUGCUGAAAGCACUAUGGCAUGGAAUAUACAUGCCCAAAGGAAAACGAGCUAGAUUCUCUGAAUUGUGGCGUACCAUCCUGGACAUUGAUCCUGAUGGAAAACCUCAAACAAAUAAGGACAUUUUUACAGAGUUUAGUUCAGCAGGUUUGACUGAUAUUACAAAGGAUCCAGACUUUAAUGGAAUCUAUGAUGAAGACAUUAAUGAAGAUCCAACAUAUGAUCCCAGUAGCCCAGAAGAAACAGCUGUAUUUAUGAAAUAUGCUGAAAAUAUUAUGCUAAAGUUAACAUUCAGUACCACACAAGUUCAACAGUAUGAACAUGUCUUUAUAUUUGAAACAGACUAUUGGCUUACUAAUACUAUAAGAUAUAAUUAAGAUUAUCUUGAUAUUUAUACCUACCAGAGACUACAGCAAAGAUUAUAUCUUCAAAAAAAGAUUAUUCAAAAACACUUUGAGAAGAAAGAAGAUAUCAGAAGAGGGAUAGGAUACCUAAAGUUAAUAUGUUUUCUGAUUCCAUUUCUACUGAGUUUAAAGAAGAAAAUGAAUGUUCCAUAUUUAAAUAGUCUGCUUUAGCCUUUUUCAGAUGACAAGGUCAAGACAGAGCGAGAAUUGCCUCCAUUUAUUUAUGGAAGAGAUUUUAAAUGCCAGAAUUUUCACUACAAAGAAAAUAAAUAUUUUCAUGUUCACAGAGGAAUUGAAUUUGAUAUCAGCAUUCCUUCAAUUGAAAAUGCUUUGGAAGAUUUUCAGGUUUAAAUGAUCAUUCCUUAGACAGUUUGUCAUUUCACAACUCUUUUAUCCUGUUCUUCAACCAAAAAGAGCCUCUGUUGAUAGAGGCACUAAACAGCUCUCCAGAUGACUAUUCUUACAACUCACUCACUCAUUCAUGUAUUAUUUUAACAUAAAUGAAUUAAGUACAGUUAUAUGUAACGUACUGUGUUCGAUAUCUGAGAUAAAAUUAUAAAUAAGCUAGGUACAGCUAUGAUCCUCACAGAAUUUAGACUUCUAAUAGACCAUAUUUGCCCUAGAAUAGGUAACCAAAGAGUGCGGUAGAAAUCUCUAGACACUCAUUCUUCCAUUUUUUCUCAAAGAAUUAGGAUUAGAACAGAGAUCCUCUAAAGUUAGAGAAUAGUAAUUCUUCACCUGGAAUUUAGUGUAAACAUUCUACUUUUCAUUUGUUAUUGCUUUUCCACCUUCUGUAUACUAUAGGUUUUCCUUUUUAUAUUUUUUUCCUCAUUCUCAAAGUAAGGAUUAGAUACAUGCAGCUGCUAUCAGGGUCUUCUGGAAUAGUAAAUUUAAAAUUUGUCUUUUACAUAUAUGCCAUUUCAUACAAAUAAUUCUUAUAAUUUUUUAGAUGUGUUUAAAGAUAUGUCUUUAGUAACCUAACUCAUAUUUUAGAAAAAUUUAGAAAAGAUACGAGAUUGUGCUGCUAAUACAUUUAUAGAAGAUUCAGGAUCCGAAGAAUAUUACUCAAUACCAGUCAUGGAAUUUUAUGGAAAAAGAUGGAGUCCCAUCUGUCACCCAGGCUGGAGUACAGUGACACAAUCUCGGCUCACCACAACCUCCACUUCCUGGGUUCAAGCAAUUCUCCUGCCUCAGCCUUCCGAGUAGCUGAGAUUACAGGCACGCACCACCAUGCCCGGCUAAUUUUUUAUUUUCAGUAAAGAUGGUUUCACCAUAUUGGUCAGGCUAGUUUCGAACUCCUCAUCUCAGGUGAUCUGCCCACCUUGGCCUCCCAAAGUGCUGGGAUUACAGGCAUGAGCCAUUGCACCUGACCCAUUUGUUUGUUUUUAAGGCAUGCAAACAGUUGAGAGGAUAGGACCAAGUCUGAAACUUUGGAGAAUAGUAACUGUUAAAGAGGGUAGGGAGAAGUAGAGGAGAGAGAACAAAGGAGACUGAGAGGGAAUGAUACAGGUAGAGGAGGAACAAGAGCAUAUGAUAGCAUAAGGCUGAGGUGGGAGGAUCACUUGAGGCCAAGAGUUCAAGUCUGCAGUGUGCUGUGAUCAUGGCUGUGAAUAGCUAUUGCACUCUGGACUGGGCACCAUAGCAAGACCCCAUUUCUUAAAUAAUAAUAAAAAGAGAGUGAGUAUGAAAGCCAAAUUUCAGAAUAUAGAAAUAGUAAAAAAAGCAUCAAAUGCAACACAGAAUAGGGCCAAGUCACUUUAAUCUUGGAGAGAGCCCUCUAAAUUUAGCUGACUUGCUAAGAGAAUUUUAGUGGAGUUUUGGUUAAAGGAGGCUAUUUUCAGCAAGUUGAAGUGUUAAGUACAGUAGAGUUAUAAGUCAUAAAAAAGUAAAGAAAAGACUGAAUUUCUUUCAAGAUACAUGUGAGUGAGAAGAAUAAGAGAAAUAAGGCAGAGAGAGUAGUGGGAUAAAGGAGGAAAGGGGGAAUCUUUCUACUGAAUUACUCUCAGGAUACACGUCAUAUUGAAGCUGAAGUCAAAGACUAUGAGGCUAAUGACCUCCAUGAUUUUGAAGGGAACCAAGUAGCAGAUCUCAUGCCUCUGGAAUGGACAGGUGAUGUGUACUCCCUGGAGGAAGAAUCUCUUGCCCAGGGUCCCAGCACCUGUUUACAUACUCCACAUACAAUCCUUGCCAAACUAAAUAGUUUCCUUGAGUCACUUUUCAAUAAACCUUUAUUCUUCUAUCAGGCUUCUGGGGCACCAGUGAUCCUGGGAAUUCAGGGAAGCAGCUGGGACAGAAGCUGUACUUGGUACUACGUGAUCUAUUUUGAACUUGAAACUUUCUAUCAGCAAAUAUAUAAGACACAGUGGUGGCGAGCCAUAAAUGAAAUAGUGAACAAUCUGAGACUGAAAAUACUUCCACUGACAUGCUCAAUUACGUGAACAAUUUAAGAAAAAAUUUGGUUUCAAAAAAGCUAUGAAAUGCAAGGUACUUCAGUGACUACCACAUAAUAAAGUAUAUGAAGUUAUGUAUUAUUGAUAAGUA